AUGAGUACGAAUACUAACAAUGUGGAUUCUAUAGUCAAGCGAUUGGUUGAAGAUCGAACGUUCACAAUGUCUGAGUAUCUGAAUGAAUUACGAUCUCAACUUCUAUCUGACGAGCCGGAUCAAAGAGAAGAAUCUUUAUCCAAUAUUGUGGGUGUUAUAACCAAAUUACCAGACAAUUUUUUAAAUGAAACUCAAGCUGGACUUUUGCUCGAUUUCCUGAUAGGACGAUUAGAGGACUCUGCUCUUGCUGGUGGUUCAGUAAUCGAGGGGAUCAAACAUUUGGUAUUGACUAACAGGAACCUACCGGAUGGCUUCGAAAUUCCCCUUUUUCUCUCCCUCUUUCGUGAUGGGAAUGUUCAAGCAUGGCCUCAGAAAGAAAGAAUGAAGCAUUAUAUCAUUCUUGAAUGGUUGUUAACGAAUAAAGAAACAAAGCUGAAGUUAUUGGGAGCUGAUGUCCUGCUAUCGUUCAUCAAAACUGUCGGUGGAGAGAGGGAUCCCAGAUGUCUUCUAAUUGUUUUCAAAUUACAACUUCUAGUCACUAAGAGCUUUGUCGUCGAACCUUUCUCUGAAGAUCUGUUCGAAGUUAUGGCUUGUUACUAUCCAGUCGAAUUCAAGCCUCUCCCUGGACAAGAUUCUAUAACAAAGGAGAUGCUGGCUCAUGCUUGUAGAACUACUCUUGUAGCUCACAACUCGUUCGCUCCAUAUUGCUUCCUUCUCAUCGAAGAAAAGUUCGAGGAAGAUGAUACUACUUAUGACCAGAAAGUUGAACUAUGUAACUUAAUUGAACUCGCUGUUAAUACGUUUUCUUUAUCAUCUUUGUUACCUUUUGUUCCUAAACUGCUUGGUUGUAUCAGAUCUGUUGGAAUGGAUCCUAGGAACAAAGGUCCGGUUGAACUUCCUGUAUUGGCCGCUCUGAAGUCCAUAUUCAGUUCUUUGGAGAAGAAAAAUAGUAGUAAACUCACUGAUGCCGUCACAGGCUCCCUUGAAAAUUCUGAAAUGUUCGUUCUCCAAGCUGAGAUGGGCUUGUCAGAGAAAGCUCUUCUGCUACUUCGUGUCAUCGCAGAAUCAGCACCUAGUCAGAAAUCCGCAGUAUUCGAUCAGGUGCUUCCAUGGAUAUCAUCUCUUGUUCAAGGGACAACUGUCAACGCCGCUGGUAAUCGUAUUGAUAUCUGUAAAGAAGGAUUACAGUUUUUGAGAGAAUGGAUUUCUUUGGCCAGAGAGUUGAAAGAAGAGAAAACACUAGAUGUUUACUGUGAUACCAUAUUUGCAUCAAUUGAUAAAGCGAGAGAAUAUUUACCUUCUCUUUCUAUCCAAUGUCUUUAUCAUUGCCUUAUGGAGUAUUUCCGAGCUGAUUGUCUGAAUGAUAUUGUCAAAAGCAGGGGAAAAAAUGUUUUGGAAAACUGCUUCAAAACCACAGAAAGUGUUGAAGAGAGAGCAUAUCUUCUGCGAUUCAUCACAGUAUAUGCCGAGGUUCUCAAUGAUGAAGUGGUCGAAUUUCUUCUGGCCAGCAGCUACGAGUCAGAACAGAAAUUUUUCCAAGUUUUUUGUGCAUGUAUUGUCAACAAAAAAGUUUGGGAGAAACUGAUAGAAAAGUUCCGAACCAUAUUGGCUGACGUUCUCAACGAUGAAGCAUGCUUGCGUUACUUUAUCUCAACUCUGGAAAGAUUGCGGGAGGGUGAUGCCAUGGAGAUUGUAGCUUUAGAGUUUAUCAAUUAUGUUGACAAGAUUUCCACUCAAAGUUCUCUUAUCGAAGAGACCUUGCAAAGCAUAGGACUUCUACUCAGUGAGGAGACUCAUCAAGAAAUUUCUAAGAAGUUCUCACAAAAUGAAAACUUCAGAUUGUUCUCAGCUCAAUCGACAGAUCCUUUAAUCAUAUUAGAAGCUAUUGGAGUAAGGGUCGAUGACUUCGUCAUUCCUUUAGUCUAUGCGUAUAUCAAUCGAACAGGGACCGUUUCUGAAUUAUCAGACGAACUUAAAAAUCAAAAAUGGUUCAACUUUGUUCAAACUAAAGCUCUACUGGUCAGUGGAGUACCAGAUGGAUUGAGCAACUUGAAAGAAAUAUUCCAUCAAAUGUCUAUACAGAAGAAUAUAGAUAUACCAAAAAACAUUGAUCUUUUCGAUUUCAAGUCCAAUUGGUUCAAUCCUGAAAGAUCCAACACAGUGCGAACUGUGCUGUGGAAACAACGCAUCGUUUGUCAAUCUGUUCCUUUCUAUAUCAAUGCCGUAGUGAAUGCGCAAGAUAAAACAGUUCUAUUGGAAUUACUACCGUCUGUUUUGGAGAGCGUUGCUGAAUUAGGACAAUCUUGCAAUUCACAGAUUCAACAGUUCUUGCCUGUUUUCUUGGCAGCCGCAGAGUCGGAUGAAAAGCUUGCUUCGCCUGUUCUAAAGUCUUUAGUGUCUUUCCUCUCUGGUGUUCCUCCAGAACUGUUGGAUCAAUCUUCAGCACAUAAAAUCAUAAAGAAAUUGUGCAAUGAAGUUCAGACUAGUCCGAUGGCUUCAUGCUUGGACGCUCUGAAAUGCUUAGAGUUGAUAGCUAGAAGAGCAAAGCCUCAAAAUCUUUAUCCUUUCAUAUCGCUCGUUGUGGAAUCUACUGCUAAUGCGCUUGGUCAUAAAAAACGUUUGAUCCGACAAUCAACUGCUACAGUUGUCAACCUCUGGGAGUUGCUGUCUACUAAGUGA